AGCUACACUAGUAGAGUAAAAUAAAAGUGGGCAGCAUGAGCAUGAGCAUGAUGCCAUUGUCCACGGAUGCCUGCGCCACCGCUAUUGGCGAGCUUGACAUCACCUCGCUUCCACUGGAGACGCGGUUCCCGCCGUUCCGUCUGAGGCAGUACGGCGGGUUCUGGCUGCUGGAGAAGUUCCUCCAGGGCGUUCCUGCCGUCCACUCCAUCUUCGAGCCAAGGCCGUCGGACGUCCUCCUCGCCAGCUUCCCCAAGUGCGGCACCACCUGGCUCAAGGCCCUCGCCUUCGCCACGCGCAACCGGGCCGAGCACCCGCUGCGUGGCCUCGACCACCCGCUCCGCCGCCGCAACCCCCACGACAUCGUCCAGUACUUGGAGCUGCAGUACGCGCAAUCCAUGGGCCACGUGGUGGCGGCGCUCCCUUCGCCACGCAUGCUCUCGACACACCUGCCAUACUCCCUCCUGCCAGGGCGCAUCACUGCGGAGGAGUCCGGCUGCAGGAUCGUCUACAUCUGCCGGGACCCCAAGGACGCAUUCGUCUCCUCGUGGUUCUUCACCAAGAAGACAGUGGCGGCCGCCGCUGCGAGAGCACGAACCGGCGAGGAGCCGCCGCCGUACACGUUCGAGGAGGCCUUCGAGCUGUUCUGUGAUGGCAUAUGUGUCAGUGGCCCGCAGUGGCGCCACGUGCUGGGGUACUGGGAGGCGAGCAGGAGGCAGCCUGAGAAGGUGCUCUUCCUCCGGUACGAGGAGAUGCUUCGGAACCCUGAGAGCAACGUGAAGAAGCUGGCGGAGUUCAUGGGGUGCGCCUUCUCCGUCCAGGAGGAGGCAACCGGGGUCGUGCAGGACAUCGUGGAGCUGUGCAGCCUCGAGAGUCUCAAGAACAUGGACGUGAACAAGAGUGGCAGCCAUGGUCCAUUGGCGCACGAGUCCUUCUUCAGGAAGGGUGUGCCCGGGGACUGGAGCAACCACAUCACUCCGGCCAUGGCGGAGAGGCUGGAUAAGAUCGUCGAGGACGCGCUGCAAGGCUCGGGAUUCACCUUUGACGUCAGAGAGGCGUCUGCAUGAACGCGCGUUUUCUGCUUUUUAAUUCUGUGUGUAUGCAUGCACUGCUGUGAAGUGCCCACGCAGCAUGGACGAUCUCCUCAUCCCUUUGUUACUCCUAGUAAGUGUGGCACGUUCGUGUGAAGGAGUUGUCGGAUGGCGCCAUGAGACCAGAUCACGACGGGCUACUCUUUUGGUUGUAACGAGAAUAAGGGAAUGCAAGGAAAUAUAAAAAAUAUGAAAAAGUAUCUA